AUGGCGUACGCAGCCUACACCUCGGUGCGCAGGUCCUCGACGUCGUCCAUGGGGUCAGACUACAGCGACGCAGAUGCAGGCGGCAUGGGAACAGAAACAAGAGCAGAAAAGAGGAUGGGAGCGAUGAAGGGAACAGGAGCAGGAGCAGACCGAGAGUACACAAAAGACUUCGCAUCCCCGUCGUCGCAGCCGUCCGUAUCCGCCACAGCGACGCCCAGUCCUGCCAACUUCUUGUCCCUUGCCGAUAAGAGCUUCACGCCUCUGUCCAUGGACAGCGAACUGUUUCCCGAUCGCGAUUUCGACCUUAGCUUUGGUAGCAGUCGCAAGGCGACGACGGCGACGACAACGACGGCGACAGGCAGCCCGAGGUUCCGCGAGCAGCAGAGGUCAACGUCACCGCCGGCGACAAUGGCAGCUUCUGGAAAGGGGUCAUCGCACGCUGUUACCGAGGGGCCUAGGACUAGGACGAAGUCGAGAUCGAGGUCGAGGGAUGCAUAUUCAGGAUUAAGCUUACAACAAGAAACAUUGCAUGCGGCGACAGGGACGACUCCAGCAACAACAAGAAUGGUGGCAGCGGCAGACGAAGAAAGAAAUGUCUCGGGUGCACGCGACACGGUGGAUGCAACGACGGAAAUGGAAUCUUGGCCACGGUCAGGGUCGCACUCGAAGAAAAGUCAAAAGAAGGACGGUCACGGCACAGAGGCCGAGGCGAGGAAUUUGAGGCAUGUUGGGAAUGAAGAAGAGUACAAGGAGGACGAGAGCGACGAGGUGCCGCCAUUCGUAAUUUCGCCUAGGAGCCCGCGCCAGCGCCAUGCCGGGUCCACGCCGCUGUGGCUAGAUCCGCUGCAGGUGAACAGGGGGAGGGCAAUGGGCAGGGCGCACGAGGACGAGCCGAUGGAAAUGGAGCUGGAGGACAGGCGCAGUACCGGUACCGCUGCCGCUGCGGGUGCCGUUGCGGGUGCGUCUGCUGGGAGUGACACGACCACCGACAGGAAUAGGAGGAGCGAUAAGGAUAAGGAUAAGAAUACGGGAUGCAAUGAGGACACGGGUGCUGGUAGCGGUAGCGUCAGGGGUGGCGCCAGCACGUCCCUCCAGAGCCCUCAGCGAGCGCGCCCCCAGCCAGCGCGCCCGCCCAUCCAGGAGAUUCAGCCGAUGCCCAGGGUCAUGACCGUUGCGGCCCCCUUGGCCCUGCGUACCAAAAAUAUCAAUCCUUUCAGUACCACCGACACGGGCGGCCACAAUACGAGCUUUGCUGCUGCUGCCGCCAUCACGAGUCCCGCUGCUUCGACUGCCACCUCGACUUCCACCACCUCCAACUCCUUCGCCGCCUGGUCGCCGUCCACCGUCCUUUCCGCCCCUGCCGCCCUCGCCCGCCACAUCUCUACCUCGUCCCUGCGAUCCAACAGCAGCCUCAUCUCCCAGAUCCAGGACAGUUUGCAACAACAACAGCAGCAGCAGGAUCACCACUCCUCCUCGGCAUCUACUUUCGUUCGUCCUGUCGCCCAACCAAUCGUCCGUACCGUCUCCGACUCGGGCACCUUCACCCUCAAACACCCCGUCCCCGAUCUCAACUGCCGCUCCGGCGCUUACACCACAAACGUCGCAGCUCUCGAGAAGUCGGCCGAGCGCCUGUCCAUGACCAGCUCCAUCGAGGACGCCAUUCGCGACUUGCAUGGAGAGUUGAAGCGUUCCGACUCCCGCCGCUCCUCCAUACUCGCUGCCAAUCUCGCCGCCUCUCACUCGUCCGUCGACGAGUCCUUAGCCCACCCCGGCCCCCUUCGCGUCAUCCCUCCCGUCGCCUCCAUCGUCGGGCUCAACAACAACGCCCGGCUCGGCGGCUACUCCCCCAGCGGCUACGUCAUGUCUCCCAAUCACUCCCUGACCAGCCGUCUGCGCUCCGGCUCCAACAACUCGCGCGGCCGCCCCGAAAUCGAUGUCGAUGCCAUCGUGUCACGCCACGGUUCCGGCAAGGGGUCCACCAGAAGCGCACGCUCCGGCAAGCCUUCGCUUGCUGAGAUUGCCGAGUCAGAACCCGUUGCCCUAACAGGACGCGUUCUCGACGAGGCCGACCACGCUCCUAUCCCUGUGACAGCCGACGACGACGCGACCAUACGCCGUCCCAAUACCAACGAAGAGAACCGCGGCAGCGUCUUCAACAUGCUUGGCGAGAUGGACCAACACUCUGGAGGCCUAGGCUUGGACUUUGGCGGAGACAGUGGUAGGCGAGACUCCGACGAUAGGCCGCCGACGCCGAAAUCGACCUCGACGUUUGACCAUGCCAACGCUUUUGGGGAUUUUGACGGCGUGCAUUGCCAGCCGGAAGAUCUCGAGCGGAGCGAAUUCGACUCACGUGAGCAAAGCGAGAGGGAAUACGGCGAGGCGCCCAUACCCGUCCCGCACACCAUGCCUAUGCCCGACAUCCCGGAGCCUCAGUACGAGGCACCGCCGCCGCGUAUGCCGCGGACGAAUAGGCACACGUUACGGCCUCAGUCAUACUUUGACGAACUCACCGGCCAAGAGAUGCUGUAUUAUCCGGCUCGUGUGCCCGCCAUGCUCAACCUGCCGCCUAAACUGUCCAAGAAGCCCAAGACGGAGGUUCGCAACGCGAGGCAUUCCAAAGUGUUGCAGGCCAUGGGCCAUCCUGGUUUCGGCCAGGCCAAGUACCUACCCCAGGACCCCGAAGCAUCCCAAGUCCGCGAGUCCAAGAUGUGGUUGCCCGAUCCGCUCGCCGGCCACGGCAUGACCUCUUUUGGGGACGAUAUUGAUGGCCAGCGCUCGGGUGACGCAUCACUGAAGGAGCCUGCGGUUGAUUCCCACGUGCCAUCUGAACAGGGCGACCCGUUGCUGUCGGGUGGUGGUGGUGAAGAACUCGAACACAUGCCACAGGAUCCCCCGCCAACGCAACGCCGCAAGUCCAAAAUGCCACGGGCUUCCCAAUUACCACCACAGCUACGGGCGAGCGCCUUUUUCGACUUGCCCUCUACAACACCGCAGAUCGAGGUCAAGGGAGGCUCCGCCAUGGCCACGCUCGACAGCAUUCUCGAUGCAUCUGCCAAUGCCCCCGUCAGCGCCUUCACCGACCACGCCUUCGCCGGCAAGCUGGGUAAUGAAACGUACGGCCCCGAUAAGAAGAAGAACCGUAAAUCUACCGCCACCGUGUUGCUUCCUGAAGAGCAUGUGCUGCGCGCUGCCUCUCAGAAGAAGACGGCCAGCCUCAUGCCUUUCAGCAAGAAAUCCGACAAUGGAUCUAGGAAGAAUUCCAUGGCUGGCAGCAGAGAGGAGAACCAGGCUCUUUCUGACCAUGUCGACGGCAAAGACGGAGAAAAGGCCGAAGGCGAGGGCUCUGAUGCAGAAGAGGAAGAAGAGGAGUUUGACGAGUUUGCGGGAGUCCUUGACGGGCCUCCCACGACACUUCUCGCCGAGUUGCAGUUGCGCAAGUACCAUGCUAAGAUGCGCACCCAGAACCCGAACCGCAAUAUUGGGCAGAAUGGCAUGCACGCAACCCUGAUUGAGCUCGAUCUGGUUGCCGAGACGCAAAAGAAGCAUCGUGAGAAGAAGAAGAUUGCUCUCGCUUGGGAAGUGGACGGCGCCAAGGAAGAAGAUCACAGUUCCGAUGAAGACGAUGUUCCGCUUGGCGUCCUGUACGCCGGCAACCCGCACAUAGCCGAAAAGAACCGGCCCAUGGGACUGAUGGAGCGUCGCGAUCUGGAAGAGAAUGAACCCCUCAGUGCUCGUCGUGCUCGUCUCCAUGGACAAGAACCCCCGAGGACCCUGGCCAAGCAGAGGAGCAACUUCACUCUCAACGCUGGCUUGAGCCAGAUGCGUCUCAACCAGAUGCCGUCCGCCGAGCACCUGCGGCCCGAGGAAGACUCAGAGGACGAAGCUACUGCCGGAGAGACCCUAGGCGAGCGUAUGCGACGCCUCAGGGCCAAGGACGAGGCCGAACACAACAACCUUCCCAACGCUCGCCCUGUCAGCCGAGCAUUCUCGGCGGAGAUCCUCGCGCAAUUUGGCGACGAUGACGAGAAGAAGCCCGGGGACAAGGGCAAGGAGAAGGAGGCCCAGCCGGACGAGGGAGAGGAGACGCUGGGCCAGCGCAGAAAGAGACUACAGGCCGAGCGUGAGGCGCGCGAGCAGGAGAUGAUGCUCAGCGGCGGGCCAGGACCGGUUGAGGCCGAAGCGCCUCCGCUGCGCAAGAAGCACAGCCUAGCUGACGUCCUCGGCUCCCACCCGAUCGCCUACAACCCCGCCUUGGACGAGCAGCGUCGCCUCGAGCAGGAGAAGCGCAAGGUUCGGGAACAGGAGGCCAAGAUGGCCGCGGUCCGGGCCCAGAUGCCGCAGGUCCUGACCGGGCCGAAUACGCAGCGGAGCGGCGGUUACAAGAACGGCGCUUUCAACGACGCCACCGGCGGUACCGGUGAUGCUCGAGGUCUCCUCGGACAGCCUGGGCUUCCGCCCGUGAACGCCGGGCUAGGUGUGAGCAUGGGACCUGGCGGAUGGAACCGCUCCAGCAUAGCCUUUAGCAAUUACGGCGGGCCGCUUCAGCAGCCUAUGCAGCAGCAACCGCAGCGGCAUUCCGUGUAUGGCCACGCCGGUAUGGCUCAGAUGAGCCAGCCGAAUCUGGGCGGGUACGGAGGCUACACUGCCGGUGGCAUGGGUGGCAUGAACACCAUGGGUGGCAUGAGCGGGAUGAACCCCUACGGCGGAGGCAUGGGCGGCGUGCCGAUGCCGAUGCAGCCCAUGGGCGCCGGUAUGGGCAUGCAACAAGGUAUGGCGCCGAUGCCCAUGCAGCAGAUGCAGAUGCCUAUGCAGCCCGGUCACAACGGGCAGAUGCAGUCCAUUGAGCGCUGGCGGCAGAGCGUCAUGUACUAG